ACCACAUUGGCAAAUGACUGAAAUUUUACCAGGAAAUAUUCGGCGAGAUCCAACCAAAAGUUUCGGAUAAACUAACGCAUAUUAUUAUUAUUCCUCAUUAAAAAAACGAACAAGUUCGAGAAUACUUAACGGAUACUCUACAAAUACAUGUCAAGAUCAUUAGUGUGGCAUGGUAUUUUAAAUCUAUGUCAGAGUUGUUUGACCUGCGAUAUCUUAGAAUUUAGAUAUCGUUGAUUCUCAAAUUUGUAUCAGGUAUAUGCACUGAAGUUAAGCAGAAUUUUAUUUGUCACAGGAAACCACAAUGAUUAAUUUUCAUUAAUUUGGUUAUUUUAAACAAAAAAGAGGAAAGGCCUAACGAUGUUUGUAAUAAAUCUGAUAUUAACAAGAAACAAUUUAUGUUUAAAGAAAGCCUAGCCAUUUGUAACAUAAAAGUUAUACAUUUUUAAUGGAUUUAAAAUCUAGUUUCUUCUCUGUUAUGGUGGCUGCUCAAUAUUUUAUUCAUUGGAAUUUACUCGAUAUCAAAACAAGUGCCUUUUGUCCAUGAAAGUAUUGCGGUUAAAAUACUUGUAAAGACGGACAAGUCUCAAAGGAUGGCAGUAACUCAUUUUUGUUCUUGUAUCCUUAUUUGAUGGUUAUAACAAUGGAUCUGUCAUAACAUUAUUCUUCAGAAAUUAUAAAUAAUAAAGAUAUAUGUUUUGAGAGCAAAAAAUAAAGCAAGAAGAUGGAUAGCUCAGAGUAUGAAACUGUACGAAAUAUGACACUUUUAUUUUUUUUUGAACUUCUUGUGGAUAAAGGUGGUCCACGAACAUUGCAUGAUUUAAGUUGUCAAUUUGGAGCAAAAGGUUUUACAAAAGAAAUGCGCCAAAUAGCUGGUGGAUCACAAAGUGGCCUUAAGAAAUUUUUGGCCCAGUAUCCAAUGCUUUUUCUUAUUAACGGUGAUUAUGUAUCUGUAAAUACCUUUCAACAAGUUGCAGAAGAAGAAAAUGGAUGUAAAUUAGCUGGAAAACGCGAUUAUGCUCGAGAGGCUGUAGAAUAUUUUACUAAUAAGUUAAUGCAAUAUGGAGUGGGUACAGAGGUUCCAAUAAAAAGUCUUCUGGGACAUAGAUCUCAGGCAUCUCCAGAAGUUAGACAUAUUUCUGGUCAACACUACAAAGAGUUUAGAGAUUUUCUUUUAAAAUAUCCUGAUGCUUUUGUAGUUACUGAAGAUAAUGUGUUAUUGAAGCAAUAUGAAGGAAUGAAAGCAGAACCCUUUGUAGAAUUAGAACCUGAUAUACCCAUAGAUCCAGAAAUUACUGCAAAAUUAUUAGAUUUUCUAUCUGAAUGUAUUGAGCAAAAAGGUCCAAUCCUUGUAGAUCAAAUGUUCAAUAUAGUUAAUGAUAAAUUUUCUUUUGAAAAUUGGACCUCGAUAUUUAAAACACCACAGGAUUUGUGUACAUUUGUAAAAAUGUUUCCAGACACAUUUCAUGUUCAGAGUAACUUAGUAACGUUAAUUGGAAAACCAAAAUCGUCCGCGAUAGAAGGUAAACCAAAACCGAAAUUUACAACUUCUACGCGGAAUCAAAAUAUUACGACGAAUCAAGUGAUUUCAAAUCAAGUUGCUCAGUCAAAUAAUACUCAAGCAACCCAACAAUCUAAUAGUUUAGAGUCUACUCACACCAAUGCUACAAAUCAGAUUAAUUCUGUACAAAAUUCUCAUUCUCCGAUAAUUGAAACUAAUAAUAGUUCACCUCCAGUAAGUUUGCAACAGCAAACUUUGAAGCAAAGAAUAAAUACACUUGUAAUGAAAACUUUGGCUGAUAAUACGGAAAAAGAUCGUACUUUGCAAACUGCGCAAAUGGGAGAUGCGUGGAAAUUAAAAGUAUUACAACAAACACGAGUAAUAGUAAAUCCAAGAGAAAGUCUUCAAAUUAUUGAAGAUAUAAUAAAUCCUCGCAAACCUCCCCCUGAUGGAAAAAUUGUUAUCGCGUUUGAUUGCGAAGGUAUAAAUUUAGGAGUUAAAGGACAGUUGACGCUUGUACAAAUUGGAACCAUGUCUGGACAAGCAUAUGUGUUUGAUUUGUUUACAUGUCCAAAUCUUGUACAAGCUGGAGGCCUUCAAAAACUUUUAGAACAUAAUGAUGUUAUUAAAGUGAUUCACGACUGUAGAAAUGACAGCGUCAAUUUGUAUAGACAGUUCAAAAUUAUGUUAAAUAAUGUGUUUGAUACACAGGCAGCUCAUGCUGUGCUGCAGUUUCAAGAAACUGGAAAACCUGUAUAUAAAGUUAAGAAUGUUAAUUUGAAUACAUUAUGUGAUCAUUAUGGUGCUCCGUAUAAUCCAUUAAAAGAACAAUUGAAAAAUAUCUAUCGUAACAAUCAGAGGUACUGGUGCAGACGUCCACUGACACGAGACAUGCUCAUUUAUGCUAGUAGCGAUGUCCUAAGUCUGGUACCACAAAUAUAUAACUCCAUGUCUAAACUUAUAAAACCAGAAGUACAAGCUCUUUUUAAUGAGCUCUGUGAAGAACAAAUUCAAAUGCACAUUAAACCUACAGAAGUAAGAGCGCGUAAGAAGCAGCGAAAGGUGGAAACAGAAGUUGCAGAUUUGAAAAAGAGAAUGGAAGAAGCGACUACCAAAAAUAUUGUAUUAAGUAAUCGUGAAAUACGCCUUCUGCGUUAUUUAGAGCUUACUGAGGAUGAAAAAGAAAAACUGAAAGGCAGUUAUAAAGUUGCAAGGAAAUUGGAAAAGCUUGAGAAUAUGGGCCAAGAUAAAGGGGAUAGUAGUGAUGAUGAUGAUGAAGAUAAAAAUGAAGAUUCAGAGUAUCACAGCAUGGAAAGUUAUACCUCAGAAAAUUCACAUUCUGGUGGUAUAUUAUCACCAAGGAACACUGAAACUCCUAGCCUGACUGAAUCAAUGCAAAUGGUAGAUGAAAUUCUUUCUGAUGGACGAAUGGACAGAUUUGAAAAAAUCGAAAAAUUGGAAGCUAUUCUUUCAGCUGUUACUGGUUCUACGACUGAUCAAUUGUCUUCAAGUAGUACAGAUGCAUCUCCAAUAAAGUGUGUAUGUUCGUGUCAAGACAAAAGUAAGAGUCCACGAACGGAUCGUAAUAGCGUGGCUUGCCAAACAUAUAGUACAGGUGAUAUAGUAAUUACGAAGAUAUUUCUUACGGAGGAAGAAAAAGAACGUAUAGAUUUAUUGAAUUCGCCAAAAAAGUAGACGUUAUAGUUAUUACAAGAGUGGUAGGAACGAUGUUGCCAUUAUUAGACUUUUACAGAAAAAAAGACGAGCGGGUGACGACAAAUAAAUAAAAGUAGCUAAAAAUUGAUCUAUUUUACGUAGUUUGACAAAAUUGUAAUAUCCAAUUACUUAAAUUGACUAUGAUUUAAUUCUUCACACAUUUAUUUUUCCAAAUCUGAUGCUAUAGUAAUCAGAAUUUAGGAAAAAUUUGUUUUAUUUAAAAAAAUUGCAGUAUUGUAAAAUAUUU